CUUACCCUUUCCCCUCCUCCCUUCCGUCCGCUCAUCAUUCUUGGUCUGGUUCCACUAGGAGGAGCUCAUCCACCACAAAUAGUUGGAGACCAGGAGGGUCGGAAACCCCAACCAGAAACUCGCAUAAUCCAAAAUUUAUUCCGGACUCUUGCUUAUCAUGGGAAGUCAUCAAUGCAUCAUCUUACAAAGACUAUCCGGUUUGCCUAACAACUGAAAAAAGGUCCUGUUAUGUCUUGUGACUAAAUUCACUAUUGCGCUCAGGGAAAUUGGAACGUUCAUGGAAGUUCUUAGGUCUCAGUUGAGCACUUGUUGGAUGUUGGACUGUUGCAAUUUGUUAACAUAGAUUUGCAUGAUGUCAAGUUAGUGAUGACUUUCUUAGUACAAAUUUCAUAGUAAGCUUUACUAAAGAAUGCGGUUGGUGGAGGAAGCUCGAAAGCGCUUUGACAAGGCUAGCAUUCUAUAUGAUCAAGUAAUCUAUUUGCAUGUUUGAAUCGUGUUUUAUUUGUCGAAUGUUAACUUAAUAGUCAUUGUUAUCAAGAGUGGGAAGGUUAAGAUGUGGUUCUUGUUAGAGGCUCGUGAUAAGUUUUUGUCACUAAGGAAAGACAUCAAAAGUGACAUAGUGAGCAUGUUACAAGAGGAACUUCAUAAUGCAAGGUCAUCCUUGAGCAAGCACGGUUCAACUUGGUGGCUGCACUUUCAAAUGUUGAAAGCAAAGAAACGGUUUGAAUUCGUAGUGGCACAAUGGAUGCCCACCUCCGUUACUUUAAACAGCUUGGCAACCUCGGCAAGACGAGGACACCCACAUAAAAAAUCCCAGAAGAUGAAGAUUGAAGGCAUUGGUAAAGAAUGGUCACCACGCCCUCCCCCCAACAUGGGUAUGGCCACCUCGGUUAGGGCUUUGAGCAAACAAUUUCCAUUUUUGUACUUAGCAGAAUAGUUGCGUGUAAACAGCCCAAAAGCAGCCCAUCAUUGUAAACGGGCAACCCAAGACCAGAGAGCCCAACCCAAAUUUCCCCUAUAAAAAACCCUCGGGGGUAGUUGUGGGGGGUUGAAAAAUGUUAAUUGCAAAUAACCUUCUUACUCUAGAUCUCACUUCUUUCUAGAAUUAUACUCGAUCAUUUGGUUCUUUAAAUGAGAGCUAGAACAAUCAAGUUAGUUCCCUC